AACUGAAAUGGAGUUGCAAAUACACAAAAAGCCAAGAUUUUUUCAUCAAUCUCGAAAGCUAUUCUCAGAUUUGUAUCAAAAUACGCGAGGUGUCACGCAGUGGGGAAAAGCCACCCCCGUAAAUGGUGUGGAGCAGGAGGUGGGUCGCAGGGAGGUGUGAGAACCAUCUCUGUGAAAUUACUCAUUGCAUUUCUGAUGCAAAGGAAACGCUAUAAAGAUUUGCCAGCAUUUUUUUUUUUUCUUCUUUUUUUGCUUUUCAGGAGAGCAAAAAUAAUCAAUGCCACAUCCCUCUUAGUAAAAUCCAAUUUUGGAGUUGUGCUAAGACAUUGGGUUCCUGUUUAUUUCAUCCACCUGGUUGUACUGUGAGUUGCUGAUUAGAAAACCCCUCCUGUGGGCAUAUUUCCAUUUGGAUACUCAUCUGUAUAAGACAACUAUGGAUUUUCAACUUGUGUUUCUAAAAAUGUAUGGCAAACAGGAUUGCAUUUCCAAAUGAGUAGAGAACCCAUUAUUUAUGUUUCUGUGCUUGCUUAAUUUUACUAGCAAAAGGAUUUCUUUGCUUGUUUGUUUUACACUUUAGAAUGUGCAGUUGACGUACAAUUCAAGUGGAUGUGUUAACUUCUCCAGCUCUUUCAUGUCAGCACUUUCACAUCAACUUUAAAGAAGCCAAAGGAAAAAAAAAAAAGCUAUCCUCACUCUUUCCUGUAGUUUCCAGCUUAAAGGAGUAGCAUAGGCAGACCUGUGGUAAAUCUGUAUGGCUCACCCAUUUAAAGGAUAGAUAAAAAAUAAUUUAAAACAUAACAUUCUCCAGAUUUUCCUCUCCAGUGUUUUCCUUUCAGAUGUGUUCUUUAAUAAAACUGAAACUUGUGUUCAGAUGAACAUUUUGAAUACUCUGUUGAGUCAAAAAAUAGGUUUAAGCCUGCAUAUAUCGACAUUAAAACUCUUAUAUAAGUGUGAUUGAAUGAAGAUAUCUAACUCAUCUUUCUCUUUUUUUGUCCCACUAGUUAACGGUCUAAUGAGGCUUGGAUUAGCAGGUGUGCAUCAACAGAUUAAUCUCUGCAAUGAAUCUCUCAUGUUAGAAAAGUUGCCUGUCUGUGGAAAGUUCUUUGAAGGGAUGAUGAAGAAAGUGGACUCCAAAAAAUGGUGCAACCUGACAGAAUUUAUCAUGUAUUAUAAUAACUUUACCCAGUGCACAGAACGUGAAGCCAACAGUGCAAGUUGCUUCUGGCCAAACCCCCUCGCAGAGAGCUUUAUCACUGGAAUUCAUAAACAGUACUUUUCAAACUGUACUUUGGACAACGUUCACUGGGAAGAUCCGCCAGAUGAAAUUCUCAUAACUCUGAUCUUGAUUCCAGUCAUAUUAACGUGCGCUAUGAUAAUGCUGGUAGUAUGGUGCAGUAAGAGAAGUGAUAUCCUAGUGUAAGUUGUUCCCAGUGGCUUUAUUUUUUUCAGCAUUUCCUUCUUCAAGGAAAAAAAACAAUGAACUAAGAAAGAAGGAUGAAAAAAAGAAACCACGUAAAAAUUCCAGACCUGCAGGAAUGGAACCUGUGAGAUGCUGUGACAGAGAUGAUGCUUCUGUGAACAAACAGCUGCUUGCUUCUGCCAAAAGCCAGUGCUUCUGAGGUUGGUCAUCAGUGUUCCCAGUGCAAAGACUUCACUGUUGUUGGGUAUCAUAACCAUAGAGUUCAUGGGCAUUUCUCAGAAUUAAGGUAGUCCCCAGGUAAGUGGGCCCCUUGGCUGCAAGAGAGGUAAGGCUACUUUCCCAUAGGUAAAGCUAGUUGGUAAACCAAGUUUUGCAAAACUGUAUGUAAGUGUAUAUAUACACAGUGUAGCAUUAUCUGUGAGUAAGGUGUUAUCUCUUGAGGUUCUGUGCAGAACUCUUGUAGUUUUUAUCUGUGAACCUUGUAACACAGAUGUAAAACCAUUGGCAAAGAAAUUGAACAUGGAUGUGUAACCAAGCAACAAUCUCUCCUGAAAGUUGGUGCAAAACAAUAGCAUCAAGACCUGGAAGUAUUGUCUUGGCAAAAGGAACAAUUAAUGUGUUCAGUGCAACAUGGGAACAAGUCAUGCUGCAUUAUGAAAUCGCUUAGGAAAUUUAUUUGAGCAUAGUUGAAAUUCUAUGGCUUACAAACAAACUCUAGAAAGAAUACAGAUCUUACUUUACAGAAAAUCUGUGAGAGGAAGAUGAUUGAUUAUAAGGGAAGAAACUUUCUUAUGUUAGACUAUUUAUUUUUCUCUUUUAUUAUUAUUAUACUUGAUGACUUGAAUUCACUGUAUACUCCCUGCUCUCACUUCAAUUAGUGCAAGUGACAUCCUUCAAGUAAAUAUGAAAGUAUGAUGUUGAUUGAGGUGCCUUUUAGAUGACAAUUUUGUACAUAAUUUGUUUUUUAUCCUGUGAAGUGUGGGAAUUGAAGUAUGGAUAUCAAAGAGGUAUGAAUAUAACUUGGAACAGACAUAGGAGGAAAGAGAAGAAAAAUCUACUCAGAAGUCUUAUUCUAUAAAGCUAUCCCAAUGUAAAGAUUUCAAUAAAUGUCAUAUGCCCAAACUAAAACAAA